ACAUUGUCCAUCUUCGCCAUUGUGUAUACGUGUAAGGGUGGUGCCGGUUCAGCUGACUGACAAGUCUGACAUAGGUAACCUAUCGUAUUUACCGCCGUUUGAAGGGCGUGGUCGUCAUUAAUUUCGCAGAACUUGUCGAGAAAACUACAUUUUGGAGAUUUCAUUUACGCUGCAAACAUGGGAGAUAACGAGUAUGAUGUUGUGGUAUAUGGAGCAACUGGCUUUACGGGACAGUUUGUGGCAGAAGAGGUGGUCAAAGCAACUGAGAAAAAUACAGGGCUAAAAUAUGCCUUUGCUGGUCGGAGCAAAGAGAAACUUGACAAGACUGUGGAAAUGGUAAAAUCCAACACUGGCUUGGAUGUUGAUGCUGGCCUGAUUAUUGCAGAUGCUAAUGAUGAGGAAAGUCUAGUCAACAUGGCAAAGCAAGCAAGGAUUAUCAUAAAUUGUGUUGGCCCAUACCGAUAUUAUGGUGAGAAAGUAGUUACUGCUUGCCUUAAGGGUGGAGCACAUCAUGUUGACAUCAGUGGAGAACCUCAGUAUUUGGAGACUAUGCAACUGAAAUACAGUGAAGAGGCAGCAGAGAAGAACCUGUACAUUGUUGGUGCAUGUGGCUUCGAUUCUAUACCUGCUGAUUUAGGGACCUUGUUCUUGCAAGAAAAAUUUCCAGGAGACUUAAAUUCCGUUGAAAUGGUUGUUGGAUUUGAUGACACCUCCGUUGGGAGUUCCAGUAUAAAUUUCACCACCAUGGAAUGUGCUGUUCUUGGACUAGCACAUAGCAAGGAGCUCAAGGGUAUCCGUAAAGAGUUAUUCCCAACACCACUUCCUAAACCAUCUUUCCGACCCAAACCAAGAGGUAACUUGUUCUAUAGUGAAGAAGCUCAACGUUGGUGCUUGCCAAACAUGGCAUCAGACCGCUCUGUAGUGUUACGAACACAGCGUCUCAAUUAUGAACUAGAAAAAAUGAGACCUGCUCAGUUCAGUGCCUACUUUGGAAUGUCUUCUCUGUUGACAGCUAUAGGAGGGAUUCUUUUUGGAAUUUUCUUUUAUGCUAUGGCAUCUUUCUCAUAUACCAGAACCCUGUUACUGAAGUAUCCAGAAAUCUUCACCUUUGGUGUUUUUUCAAGACAAGGACCUGAACGAUCAACAUUGAAAGGCCUAAAAUUCUGCAUCACUCUUACUGGAAAGGGAUGGGAUAGCAAGCUGGAGGAUCCUGCUGAACAACACACAGAACCUCCCAAUACAACAAAGACAGUAACGGUUGUGGGUCCUGAUCCAGGUUAUACCGCAUGCGCUAUUGUGGUAACUCAGGCAGCUUUUACAAUUCUUGAGGAAAAGGAUAGACUUCCUGUCAAAGGAGGAGUUUAUCCACCUGGUGCUGCCUUCCUUAAGACAUCUCUGAGGGAUCGACUUGAGGCCAACAACAUCAAGUUUUCUGUUCAGGAGGAAUAAUUUUGUGUUAGUCUGUCAAAUAAAGAGGGCUAUUUAUGGUGCUGUGAAAAUGCCCUACUUUAUAUUUCACUGAAUAAGGUACUUACUACUACUGUAAUAUGAACAACCUUUUAAUGUAUAGAUAUGUUGUACCAAAGCUACAUGUUGGUUGUGGAUGUGUAAUGACAAAUAAUAUUGGUUUGUGUCAUAGACAUAAUUUUAUUAGGUAAAGGUGUUUUCUACUUAAUGGUUUAUUAUUCAAAAUAUGGUGUGUAUGCCUUGAAGUUCAUGAAUCAUAGGUAUUUUAGUAAAUAAAGAUGAAAAGGUUCUCACUUGAGAGGACAUAGUAAAGUAUAUCUUCUAUUUAAAGUUAUUAAGAAUAUUAAGUAGGUUGGCCAAGACUACAUGAAAUAUUGAUGGCAUUUAUAUUAUUAAUUCCUUUCAAACAUUUUUUUAUGUUAAAACUUAUUUUUUUCCCAUUACGUAUCUGCAAACAUUACAUAGCUCUCUUAAGAUUUUAUAAUCCUGCCAUAGUUUUGUUAACCAGCUUUAAGUAGCUUAGUACAUAAAUUCACUACAAUAAAUACUACUGUAUAAGUGCAUCAUUCAUACUAAUUAUGUGAUGAUCAAAAUGCAGGUAGUAACUGUGCUGUGAUAACAUAGUGACAUUUAAGCACAAGGUCUCUUGGACCAAAGAUGUAAGUUUUGUCAAACAAGAACAAAAAAUUUUUUUUUUUUUUUUUUUAAUGGGAGUCUUGUGAAGCCAUGAAAUCAAAUGGUGCCUUGCUUUAAAGUCUGGGUAGUUUACUCUUAUUUGACAAAUAACAGGCGUUUGAGAAGGACUAGAGAAACAUUUUGACUUUAAUAAAUGUAUUUUGAUUUUUUUCCGUUCAGUUUUGAAAGUGUAUUUUCAAAUUAUGAGAACUUGUGAAUCGCAAUAAUUAUAGUAAUUUAUUUUAUUGUAAUAGAGGUGGAUCCAUUUAACUACUUUUUUAAAAGGGAAAUGUAUUUUUACAGCUGAGGAGCAUGGCAUCUUGAAAUUUUUUUUUUCUAUAGGUGUUAUAAUUUUGUCAGAACUAACCGUGAUGGGCCAUAUUGAAAUGGCUGGGAAUGUAUUGCUUUACAGCUGAUUUUACACAAACUAAGCUCUCAGCUAGUGUGAAUAGCCUUUCAUUUCUCUCAGGUUAUAGCAAGCUAAAGCAAGCUUAACUUAUAAAGUAGAUGUAUGGUAUUUACUAACUGCAUGCUUAUGUAUUUUAGAAACCAUUGAAGUAUUUACUAACUGCAUGCUAUACCUAUUUUAGAGAACAGUAAAGGUAGUUAUGAGAGUGGUUUGUGCAUUAUAUUGUGGCUUUUGGUACAUUGGUAGGUGAAAAAGCAAUUUAAUUCGGAUAUCAAAGUUUACAACCUCACCCAUUUUCUAAGAUGCAAAUCAAACUACAUGUUAUAUUACUCUGAAAACUAUUCUAAAUCUGGUCUAGAAGUGAAAGAUUAUUGUACUUUUUAUUCUGCAUGCUUGUUUGGUACAUUACUUUGAAAAGUACUGCCUCCCGAUAUACUGGCAAAUUAUGUUUCUUGAUAUAAACUCGGUGAAAUGUUAAUGCAAGGUACAGUGAUUUUUGAACAAUAAGCUUAAAGUAAUAAAUGAGAACAAUAUAAAAUUACCAUUUUUUCACAAAGUUUUGUAAAUUUUCUGUGAACUGAGCACAUGUAUAUUGAAAGAGACCUUAUUUAAUUCUUGGGUAUAAGGUCUGCUGAUGUGCUCUUUUCACUUAACGAAAAAACAAUUCUUUUGUGAUGAACUUAUUUUCCUAUGUAAAGCUUUACGUGUUUACAUAAUACAAUAAAUUUAUAUUUGUACUGGU